ACGCCCCGGAAGUCGCACCCUUGUGUUGUAGUCACUGGCUAAAUACGGAAGAGAGGAGCAGAGAAGUAGGAAGCGGCAGGUCCCAAUGCCCCCGGUGGGUUGCUUCUUGUGUAAUGGGCCAUCACAAUGUAUCAGUUUUCCAUUACCCAUAUGUGCCUUUGCCUACUUUUCACUUGGGCCGUCUUCCUCUCGCCUCCGACACAUGCUGCCAGCUCUCACCCCAACAUUGAUGCCACUCAUGCAGGGGAAGAGCUGACCUGGGCUGUCCGUCUGGACCCCUCUCAAGGCUCUGGACGGAGAGAGGAGUUGGAUGCUCUAGCCGAAGAACUUUCACAUACUGCAGGGCUGGAGAACCGAGGUGUUAUUGGAGAGCUAAGAGACCAUUACCUGUUUGCAUACAUGGGCGGUGGGCAGGACCGGGAGGAUGUUCGGAGGAAAGCCCAUGACUGUUUCACACAACAUGACAGUGUGAGGUGGUUCUCAGAACAAAAGCUACUGAAAAGAUCCAAAAGGAGCUUGCACUUUAAUGACCCCAAGUACCCUCUGCAAUGGCAUUUGCACAAUGCCCGUAGCCCUGGAAUGGAUAUUAAUGUUACCGGUGUAUGGGAGAGAAAUGUGACUGGCCAGGGGGUUACUGUGGUGGUUGUGGAUGAUGGUAUCCAGCACACUAUUCAGGACAUUCAGCCAAACUAUAGCCCCGAAGGCAGCUAUGAUCUUAAUUCCAAUGACCCAGACCCCAUGCCACAUCCAGAUGGCUAUGGUGAUAACCACCAUGGUACCCGCUGUGCUGGAGAGAUUGCUGCAGUACCUAACAAUAGCUUCUGUGCAGUUGGCGUGGCGUAUGGCAGCAGAAUUGCAGGGAUCAGAGUUCUCGACGGGCCUCUCACAGACAGCAUGGAGGCAAUUGCGUUCAACAAACACUAUCAGAUCAAUGAUAUCUACAGCUGCAGCUGGGGUCCUGACGACGAUGGGAAGACUGUGGAUGGACCUCAUCAGCUGGGCAAGGCUGCACUUCAACACGGUGUCAUUGCUGGACGGAAAGGUUUUGGGAGUAUUUUCGUUGUUGCCAGUGGUAACGGAGGCCGGUACAACGAUAACUGUAACUAUGAUGGAUACGCCAACUCUAUCUACACUGUAACUAUAGGUGCUGUUAAUGAGGCUGGUAAAAUGCCUUUCUAUGCCGAAGAAUGCGCGUCAAUGUUGGCAGUGACCUUCAGCAGCGGAGACAGACAGAUGAGGAGUAUUGUGACAUCAGACUGGGAUUUGCAGAAGGGAACUGGAUGUACAGAAGGCCACACAGGAACUUCUGCAGCGGCGCCCAUAGCUGCUGGAAUGAUUGCUCUGAUGUUGCAGGUCCGACCUUGUCUGACAUGGCGCGAUGUUCAACACAUCAUUGUAUUUGCAGCCACUAAGUAUGAAGACCAUCAGGCAGCCUGGGAAACCAAUGGAGCUGGGUUUAGUCACAGUCAUCAGCAUGGUUUUGGCCUCCUGAAUGCCUGGCGUCUUACUAAUGCUGCAAAGGUGUGGGAGUCUGUUCCCUAUUUAGCAUCCUAUGUUAGUCCAGUGUUUAAAGAGAACAAGAAUAUUCCUCUUCUACCCAGUAUGCUGCAAUUAAGCUGGAAUGUGACCUCCGCGGAUCUCCUGCUGUCAGGGAUGAGGACCUUGGAGCAUGUGUCCGUGAUGGUGACCAUCACACACCCACGCCGUGGAAACUUGCAGAUACAACUGUUCUGUCCAAGUGGCAUGUCAUCCCUCAUUGGAGCCACACGGAAGAUUGACAGUGACCCAAGUGGAUUCUCUGACUGGACAUUCUCCACCGUUCGCUGCUGGGGAGAGAACGCAGAAGGGAUGUACAGACUCCUGGUCAGUGACAUGGGAGACGAGUCUCUCAAGAUGGGCACUUUUCAGUCCUGGCAGCUAACGCUCUAUGGCUCAUCCUGGACACCUGAGGAUGUGGCUGAAAGAAGCAGGUUGGUGGAGACUUCUCAGAGUGGUCAGUUCCUGAAUGGUAGCUUCUCCCUUCCUUGUCCCCCUGGGCUGGAGAUUUCUGAGCAGGAGAACUACAUUAUUACCAGUAACACCCUGCGGACCCUCAUGCUGCUUGGUUGUUUUGCUGUAUUUUGGUCCCUGUAUUACACGGUGGAGCUGUACCUUUCCCGAAUUUCCAGUAGUAAAGACCUGAGCUGUGAAGGAUCAGCGUGUAUUUGGAGCCGCCGGCGAGGAAGUCCCAGCCCCCGCCAGCUAGAAGCGGGCAGUGAGACUGAGUCAUUGCCCCUUUGCGGGCUACAGGAUGCUGUGUUAGAGGAUGACGAAGAGGAGGACAUUGCAGAGCGCUCCACACUGCACAGGCACCAAUCCUCUGCCUCAAAACAAAUCAGAGAACAAAACACAAACCCUACAGGACACAGGCAAAGUGUGGCCUCUGACUUUCAGCUGUAUAAGGACAGAGUAAGACAGGAUGCUAGUGAUCUUGAUGCAGACUAUUAUGACCUAAAGGAAGAUGGAUAAAAGUAGAACUGAUCUGUGCAGUAAGAAGGAAGCAGAGGAUAUGGAAUGGACACUAAGGGGGGAGAUGCAGUGAGCAGCGACUUCUCCAAAUUGCAGAUUUUCUGUGAUAUUUGCCGCAGGAUUUAUAGCGCUUCUUUAAAUGCUGCAGCCAAAAAAAAACCUUAUUUAGAUGGAUCGCUUUUCAUUACAUUUCCCCCUACAAAAAAACAAAAAAAACAAAAACAAUUGUCUGCACUUAAGACUAUUUCACUUUAGUUUUCUGCCUUACUUUUUUUCAUCACCAUUAUGGGUGGUGUCACACUGGCGCUCUUUCCUUCCAGUUAAAUACAGGGUGUAAAUGAUUACAUGUAAGUCCUUUCUGUGAGUCAAACAGAUGAGGUUUUUUUUUUUCCUUUUAGUUUUUAACUUUUUUGACACUUAAAAUGCUCAAUAACACGGAUCUCUGAUUGAAACCCAUUGUUUUUGAGCAGACUCUGUAACCAAGAGUGUUUUAAGUGUUUAGUACAAGCUGCUCUUUUCUGGGUGUGAUAGAUAUUAGACAUUAUCGCUUGUGAAGCUUAAUAAGCGCCUGUGUGACACCUAUUAAAUAAGGAGUUUAUUACAUAGAGUGUAAAGUACAUGCUGAUGAUAUUCUUGUUACAGUCACCUGCUGGGCGACACAAUGACUGCACUGGGCUUCCAUGUGAUCUCCUGGUAGCAGAUUCGCAGACUGGUUGUCCUAUCCAAUGUAUAAUGACCAUCUGUCUGUAGGUUCUAAACAACUGUCUCAAAGUGCUGGUUUUUCCAGGUGCGGCAAGCUUGAUAUAGUAUAUCAAUAUAUAUAUAUAUAUAUUUUAUUUGGGUAUUUAUGAUUUUGCUUUAAUACGGGUGAUCCUAUUUAAGCAGUUUAAAGGGACAGUCAAUCUUUAUUUUUAUGAUUUUUCUUUAAUACGGGUGAUAAUCAUAAGCAGUUUCAUUGGACGCUUAACAUCAAAAAACACUUUUUAUAUAAGAAUCUUUUUACAGAAUGACCCUGUAAUGUGUUUUUUUAUUGGAAUUUUAAAAACCUGAUUUCAUAAACUAAUUCUCCUGAAUGCCAUUCAUAGACAACACUAGUUUUGUAGAAGAAAAGCUACUGGUAAUGUCAGAUGCUCUGUAAUAA